AUGACCACCUCAGAUCCCCUACCUGGAAAUCAUCCAUCCCCAAACACCGCCGACUCAAACAACUCUUCUCUUCGAUCAGACGACAGAUUACAGCAAACCAUGGUUCCUCCUCUGACUGUCCCUCCUCCAAGCGCGUCAGCGACGACAUCAACACCACAACCCUUCUUCGGAGCCAGCGUCCCUGCAUACUCGAGUCCAACAACUUCACAAUCCCCAUGGUCCCCAGAUAUACCGUCAAGUCCACCACCGCCAUACGAUCCAAGUCGUCCGCCGGCAAUCUACUCCCCCUUCGGACCAUCGUCAUCAUUCUCCUCGCCGCCACCUCAAUACCCGCCGUCAACACCAUGGCCGUACGCACAAGACGGAUUCACUAACGGAAGCUCCAACAGUCCACCCCAUAAGGUAGGUCCAGCGUUGGCUCGACGUCGACGCAAGAUGCAACUCAUCGCCCUAGCGCUGUGCGCUGUGAUGAUGAUCAUCUUUGCACUGAUCAUGGGUGUUCUGAUGGGCAUUGUGAGAUUACAGUGGCAGGGAGGAGAUGACAAUUAG